AUGAGUGGACGCAUUGUAAGAGCAUCUAAAUAUAGACACGUGUUUGGCCAACCAGCCAAAAAGGAAUUAUGCUACGAGAACUUGAAGGUGACCACUAAUGCGUGGGACUCCAAUAUUAUCCAAUGCAAUGGUAAAUAUUUGAGUGUUAAUUGGCAAGCCUCUGGUGGUGGAGCAUUUGCAAUUAUUCCUGUUGGUGAAGUGGGUAAAGCCCCUGACACCCCACCAUUAUUCCGGGGUCACAAAGCUCCAGUAUUAGAUACGGCUUUUAACCCAUUUAAUUUAAAUCAAGUGGCCAGUUGUUCUGAUGAUGGUAAGAUUCUUAUUUGGAACAUCCCAGAAGAUUAUUCCUUCCACAAGUACUUUGAUGAUGAAGAUAACGUAAUUGAUAUUACGGAACCUUUCAAGGUGUUAUCUGGACACUCCAAAAAAGUAGGUCAUUUGGAAUUCCAUCCUUGUGCUGAAAAUGUAUUAGCUUCAUGUUCUUUGGAUUAUACUGUAAAAGUUUGGAACUUGGACUCAGGUAAAGACGUUGUCACCUUACCCCAUAAGGAUUUGGUUACUUCAUUUGCCUUCAACUAUAACGGUACACGUUUGGCUACAACUUCUAGAGAUAAGAAAUUGAGAGUAUGGGAUGUACUCACUGGAGAAAUCAUUUCUGAAGGUCCAGGCCAUACUGGUGCGAAGCCCUCAAGAAUCAUCUGGUUAGGUAAUACUGACCGGGUUCUUACUACUGGGUUUUCUCGUUUAUCGGAUCGUCAGAUUGCUAUUUGGGAUGCGAGUGACAUUUCCAAAGGUCCUAUUGAUGGGUUCCUUGUCCUUGAUGCUUCAUCCGGUGUUUUAAUCCCAUCCUUUGAUGCUGGUACUAAUAUUUUAUAUUUGGCAGGGAAAGGUGAUGGAAACAUUCGUUAUUAUGAAUAUGAUAAUGAUAUUUUGUAUGAAUUAUCUCAAUACGGUUCAACAGAACCUCAAAGAGGGUUUGCCGUGGCUCCAAAGAGAUCCGUCAAUGUUAAAGAGAACGAAGUGUUGAGAGCCUAUAAGACAGUUAAAGAUACUAUCAUUGAACCCAUUUCUUUUAUUGUUCCUAGAAGAUCAGAAUUGUUCCAAGAUGACAUUUAUCCUGAUUGUCCUUCUACACAACCAGCUUUAACUGCAGAAGAGUUCUUUAGUGGGAAGAAGGUUAAUGGACCUUUAUUGAUGGAUAUGAGAUCAAUUUUUGAAGGUACUGAAGCUACUAUUACUCUGUCCGCUGCUGCAGUGGAUGUUUCUAAAGCCAAGGAAGAAGCUGCUAAGGAAAAGAAAGAAGCCGCUAAACUAGAAGAUGUGAAGGAAAAGGCUGCCUCAUCUGCUAAGUCUUCGCCAGCUCCAUCACCAGCUCCAGUCUCUGCGUCAAGAUCUUCCACUCCAAAGAAUGUAGAUGAUGUUUUGAAGUCUUCAGAUAAAGUCGAUAGUCUUCUUAAUAAGGUCAAUGACAAAUCUGAUGAUGAUGAUGAUAAGUUUCUCAAAUCUUCUACUGAUGAUGAUUGGGAAGAAGUAAAGAAACCAGAAGAAUCUAAACUCCUUGAAACUAAGUCUAUUAUUGAGAAAGAACCGGUUAAGAAAGAAGAACCAAAGGUCGAAGAACCAAAGGUCGAAGAGCCAAAGGUUGAGCCAAAGAAGGAGGAACCAAAGGAAGAACCAAAGGUUGAAACAAAGAAGGAAGAGCCAAAAGCUGAGCCAAAGAGAGAGAUUUCAUCUUCAUCUACGAAAUCUACAGCAGCUCCAACCUUAAAACAAACUGUUGAGCGUCUUGCUGGUUUGGUGGACAGAUUAGAAUCUCAAGUUACUGUUUUAACAGAAGCAGCAUUAAAGAAGGACGACAGGAUUAACCAAUUAGAAGACAAGUUGGAUCAAAUACUUAAGAAAUAA